UUCGACGAGUCCCACCGAGGUUCUCUAUCCCCCCCACCAAUCAUGAGAUCAUGCCUGGCGGGAGUGUCAAUAUCACAUGUGUUGCGGUGGGGUCACCAAUGCCAUACGUGAAAUGGAUGCUAGGAGCAGAAGAUUUGACACCUGAGGAUGACAUGCCAAUAGGGAGGAAUGUCCUUGAGCUUAAUGAUGUCAGACAGUCUGCAAACUAUACUUGUGUUGCUAUGUCUACCCUUGGUGUUAUAGAAGCAAUAGCACAGAUAACUGUCAAAGCCUUACCCAAACCUCCUGGAACACCUGUGGUGACGGAAAGCACGGCAACAAGCAUAACGUUGACUUGGGAUUCUGGAAACCCUGAGCCUGUCUCUUACUACAUAAUCCAACACAAACCCAAAAACUCAGAGGAGCCAUAUAAAGAAAUUGAUGGGGUGGCCACAACGCGCUAUAGCGUGGCUGGCCUAAGCCCAUAUUCAGAGUAUGAAUUUCGAGUAGUUGCUGUAAAUAACAUUGGGCGAGGGCCCGCCAGUGAGCCUGUGUCAACAAGGACUUCAGAGCAAGCACCUUCAAGUGCACCACGCAAUGUACAGGCCCGUAUGCUGAGCUCUACCACCAUUUUGGUACAGUGGGAAGAACCUGAAGAACCUAAUGGACAAAUACAGGGUUACAGAGUUUAUUACACCAUGGACCCUACUCAACAUGUCAACAGUUGGAUGAAGCACAAUGUAGCUGACAGCCAUAUUACUACUAUUGGGAAUCUGGUACCCCAGAAGACAUACUCUGUGAAGGUUCUUGCUUUUACUUCUGUUGGAGAUGGACCACUUUCUAGCGACAUUCAAGUCAUCACUCAAACAGGAGUUCCUGGUCAGCCACUGAACUUCAAAGCAGAACCCGAGUCUGAAACAAGCAUAUUGCUUUCUUGGACACCUCCACGCUCUGAUACCAUUUCCAGCUAUGAACUGGUUUACAAAGAUGGGGAGCAUGGGGAAGAGCAACGGCUUUCCACUGAACCUACUACAUCCUAUCGCCUGCAAGGCUUAAAGCCAAACAGCUUGUACUUAUUCCGCCUAGCUGCACGUUCUCCUCAAGGACUGGGUGCUUCAACAGCAGAAAUCUCAGCAAGAACCAUGCAGUCAAAGCCAUCAGCUCCUCCUCAAGACAUUAGUUGCACAAGCCCCAGCUCCACUAGCAUUUUGGUAAGUUGGAAACCUCCACCGGUGGAUAAACAGAACGGCAUUAUCACUGAAUACUCCAUCAAGUACAUUGGGAUUGAUGGAGAAGAUGUCAAGCCCCAUGAAAUUUUGGGAAUUUCCUCGGACAGUACCCAAUACCUUUUGGAACAGCUGGAAAAAUGGACUGAGUACCGGAUCUCUGUGACUGCCCACACUGAUGUUGGACCUGGCCCAGAGAGCUUGGCAGUAUUGAUUCGGACAGAUGAAGAUGUUCCUAGUGGUCCUCCUCGCAAAGUCGAGGUAGAGGCUGUCAACUCUACUGCUGUUAAAGUGUCAUGGCGCUCACCUGUACCAAAUAAACAGCAUGGUCAGAUCCGAGGAUACCAGGUCCACUAUGUGAGGAUGGAAAAUGGAGAGCCAAAGGGUCAGCCCAUGCUGAAGGACAUCAUGCUGGCUGAUGCACAGUGGGAAUAUGAUGAUACUACUGAACAUGAAAUGAUAAUUUCUGGGCUUCAGCCUGAAACUACAUACUCCUUCACUGUGACAGCCUAUACAACGAAAGGUGAUGGAGCGCGCAGCAAGCCCAAACUUGUGUCUACUACUGGUGCAGUUCCAGGCAAACCUCGGCUUGUGAUUAGCCACACACAGAUGAACACGGCUCUAAUUCAGUGGCACCCUCCUAUGGACACUUUUGGCCCACUGCAGGGUUAUCGUCUGAAGUUUGGACGGAAAGACAUGGAUACAUUAACGACCAUGGAGUUCUCCGAGAAGGAAGAUCACUUCACGGCCACAGACAUUCAUAAAGGAGCUUCUUACAUCUUCAAGCUCUCAGCUAGAAAUAAAAUGGGCUUUGGGGAGGAGAUGGUUAAAGAGAUUUCUGUUCCUGAAGAGGUGCCCAGUGGAUUUCCCCAAAAUCUCCGCUCGGAAAGCUCUACUUCUACAUCAGUUCAAUUAACUUGGCAGAUGCCGCUCUUGGCAGAGAGAAAUGGCAUUAUCACCAAAUACACCAUCUUGUACAGAGAUAUCAAUGUUGCUUACCAGCCAGUUGAACUUGAUACCACUUUGACACUUUCUGGCUUAAAACCAGAUACUACAUAUGAUGUAAAAGUACGUGCCCACACAAGCAAAGGGCCUGGUCCAUAUAGUCCAAGUGUCCAGUUCAGGACACUACCCGUGGAUCAAGUGUUUGCAAAAAAUUUUCAUGUCAAAGCAGUAAUGAAGACUUCUGUUUUGCUGUCCUGGGAAAUUCCAGAAAAUUACAAUUCAGCCUUGCCUUUCAAAAUCCUCUAUGAUGAUGGCAAAAUGGUGGUAGAGGUUGAUGGACGUGCUACCCAAAAGCUGAUCACUAACUUGAAGCCCGAGACAUCGUAUUCAUUUGUGCUGACGAAUAGAGGGAAUAGCGCUGGAGGUCUUCAGCACAGAGUGACAGCAAAGACUGCACCAGACGUGCUUCGCACCAAGCCAGUCUUCAUUGGAAAGACCAACUUAGACGGCAUGAUAACUGUGGAACUUCCAGAAGUACCUUCAAAUGAGAAUAUAAAAGGUUAUUACAUAGUUAUUGUGCCUUUGAAGAGGUCUCGUGGAAAGUUUAUUAAACCAUGGGAGAGUCCAGAUGAAAUGGAGCUAGAUGAGCUGCUUAAGGAAAUAGCUAGGAAACGCAGAAGCAUUCGUCUUAGGAGGGAAGUUGAAUUAAAGCCAUAUAUUGCAGCUCACUUUGAAGUUCUUCCUACUGAGUUCACACUGGGGGAUAAGAAGCAUUAUGGUGGCUUUGAGAAUAAGCAACUGCAGAGUGGUCAAGAGUAUGUCUUCUUUGUGCUGGCUGUAAUGGAGCACUCAGAAUCUACUAUGUAUGCAACCAGCCCGUAUUCUGAUCCUGUUGUGUCAAUGGAUCUUGAUCCGCAACCAAUUACAGAUGAGGAAGAAGGCUUGAUUUGGGUUGUUGGACCAGUUCUUGCAGUGGUGUUUAUCAUCUGUAUUGUCAUUGCUAUACUUCUUUAUAAAAGGUAA